GACGUCGGCGUUAAACAUGGCUGAUGUGGAGAACACAAACAGACAAGUCGAUAAGAAAAACAUGUCUUUUAAUAUUAGAGAGAAGCUAGAUAUCGGCGAAAAUAUGCCAAAGUUACGUCAUCAAGACACUUCGGAAAGUGGAAAGAGCACUGUCGAAACACGUACAACCUCGGAGUACUGUGAAAAGUUGCAGGGGUGGAUGUGGCAGUACUACACGGCAUAUGUGAACUGGCAAAGUUGGCUGGCAGUGUCUACUUCUCCGUAUUUUGCACCGCAACCAAUGCAACCACUCACUGCACCCGUCUGGCCAGCGGAUUUCCCUAAUUUUGAUGCCCAGAACUGGUACAAUAAUCCAUUUGGACUCCCCUUAUCGACGUAUCCAACCGCCAUCCCCGCGGCUGGGAUUCCGCCUGGCGAAACGGCUGGAAGUGGUGCUGUGUCCACUUCAGUACCAGCGCAACAACAACCACAACAGAACGGCAAUGCACAACGGCCAGGUCGAGAAUACAGUAUUCCCUCUCCUCUUCAAAGGUUCAUGGCUGAAAUGGUGGAUUUCUUCAUUCUGUUCUUCAUCAAAGCAACUAUUAUUCUCAGCAUCAUGCAUCUGAGUGGGAUGAAGGACAUUUCCAAGUUCGCCAUGCAUUUCAUUGUGGAGGAAAUAGAUGAAGACACGUCCAUGGAAGAACUCCAGAAGAUGAUGCUGGUCGCCCUGGUCUACCGGAUAUUAGUGUGUUUCUAUGAGAUUGUGUGUAUCUGGGGAGCAGGGGGCGCCACUCCAGGGAAGUUUCUCAUUGGUCUCAGAGUGAUCAGCUGUGAUUCCUCCAUCCUAGUUCAACCCAACCGGGUCCUCGUGGUGCCUGCCACCAACGUCACUCUCUCUGCAUCGACAGUCCGAGCCAUGAACAAAAACUUCUCCAUUGCCUUCUUGUUCCCAGCCUUCAUCACGGUCUUCUUCUUCCAACACAACAGGACUGUGUAUGACAUGGUGGCUGGCACUAUCGUUGUCAAGCGCACCGGAGCCAGAUGACCAUUCUGAUUGGUUAAGACCAAGCUAAAGCCUGGCUGGGACCUGGCUACUAUUUUAUUUAAAGAGGUACAUGUUGCUCUCAACCCUGCAGAACAGA